AUGAUGUGGGCAACGUUGCUGUCAGGACUCUUUCUACUGUCGGCGAUACCGUCGGGUCUUCCACGAAGCAUAAGUGAUACCAAAGACCGGUUGAAGCGCAGUAUCGACCUUAACGAUGUCUACUACUCGAAAAUGCGUCAGUAUAGAUUACCGAGCGAAGUUACGCCGACCAGUUAUCACGUGGAUAUCAAAAUACCCUUCAUCGAGAGCAACCAGUUUAACGGUCGUGUCAAGAUCAACCUUACCUGGUCCGACACCAGCGAUAGGAUAACGCUGAAUGUCCAUCAAAAUAUUGAGAUUUCAUUAACCAAAGUUAGACUGAUUAAAUUGCCAGCCGAUGAAAAGAUAGGCGACGACUCAUACUUUAAUGUCGCAAGGACCGAACGGCUAACUAGGAAAUCCUGGUAUAUCAUUCAUUUGGAACAAAUGUUGAAAAAUGGAAGCGUUUGCGAAGUUGAUAUCACUUACUUUGGAAAUUUUACGACUAAUGAGACUACUGGCUUUUAUAAAAACGCAUACAUGGAUACCGAGGGUAGAACACAUCCCUUCAUCGCCACUUACUUACAAUUAGACAACGCGCAAAAGAUGUUCCCCUGCAUGGACGAAUCACCUUAUAAAGCGACUUUCAGGCUAAGUCUAUUGUAUCCUAAAGGCUUCACGGCAUGCACGAAUACGCCAGCAAUCUCUCGGCGAGAAUCGUCCGACAAGAUCGAAGAAGAGUUUGCAGAGACACCUCGAAUGUCGACGAAUCAAUUCGCCCUCGUGGUAUCCGAUCUACAGAGCAUCGAGCCCACGAAAGAAAUUAACGAAAUAAAUGGGAAGAGGCUGCAGGUGAAGGUUUGGGGCCGCAAAGAAUUCAUGGAGUCGCUGCUUCAUGUCCCCAACAAAGUUGUGAGAAUCGUUAAUUAUUUGCAAGAUUACUUCAAUAGCUCCUUCGGUUUACCAAAAUUGGACGUCAUGGCGAUUCCCAUGUACAGCACAUCCAAAGCCUCCGACAAUUGGGGUCUCGUGUUCUUCAAGGAAAGUGAACUCAGCAGUCCUCUAGUCUGGACCACUACGUACGAACUUCUCUAUCAGUGGUUCGGUCAAUCCAUCACGCCGUAUCGUCGAAAUGACGCGCCAGUUAACAAGGCUCUUAAUUCAUUCUUAGCAUCCAUGGCGACGAUUGAUCUCUCUCCGGACGAGACGGAAGGAAAGUGGCCGAUGACAAUGUUAUAUCCUCUGUAUUACGAAUUUGCGCAGACGGCACCUUUCUCAAGAGUGGCUGGUAUUAGACAAGAAGCAACGUGGACGAAAGCCGAAUUGGUUUUCCGGAUGUUUAAUUACACUCUUGGACGUGACUUGUUCCAGAGGAGCAUGAGGAAUUUCUUCCAUCAGCAAUCGAAAGAAGAUCGCAGAACCUUCUUCGCCAACGAUGUCUUCACUUAUCUGAACGAUGUGGCGAACGAGACGGACAAUCUGCCACCAGGUCUGACCAUCAACGGCAUCGCCGCUUCGUGGAUUAAUCGGGACAGAGUGCCGUUGGUCACGGUCAUUCGCGAUUACGAAACUGGAAAAAUUAAUCUCACUCAGAAAGUCUAUCUGAGAGAUAUACCACCGCAAUCGACGGCGAAAGUGUCAUAUCAAUGGGACAUUCCGCUCGUAAUACAGGCACAAGAUAAAUUGAACUUUCAGAAUACUAAGCCGACCGUAUGGCUAAAAAAAGAAAGCGUACCAAAGAAUUUCACUAUCACGGACGUUACUGACAAAGAUAAUUUUAUCAUUGUGAAUCCCGAAGAAAUAGGGAUGUUCCCGGUGAACUACGACUGGUGCAAUUGGAAGAUGUUGUCGCAAUAUCUGCAGGGACCAGAUCGUGAGAAGAUACCUCCGUUAACCAGAGCGAAGCUUCUGCACGAUGCAUGGAAUUUAGCGUACGCCGGCGAGCUGUGCUUCGGCGUUGCAUUGAACAUGACGCUGUUCCUCAAGGAGGAAAAGAGCCACGUAGUUUGGGAACCCGUAUUCACAAUGAUCGAUCAUAUUGGUCGGCGGAUCGAGGGCUUGGACGUAUAUUUGAAAUUCGAGGCAUACAUUCGAAGCUUGCUGAAGCCACUCUACUUGCAACUUGGAGAAACCGCGCAACCCGAUGAACCAUCCUGGAAAAUUCACAUGCGUGGCCUUAUACAAAACUUCCUUUGCCAUUCUGGAUACGAACCCUGCGUCAAAGAAGCGAGAGAUCAAUUUAAGAAGUGGUUGACUGACGAGGAGCCGGACAAGGGAAAUCCGGUCGCCAAUAAAUUCCUUUGCCCCGUGUUCAAAUGGGGCACCGACGAGGAAUGGGAGUUCGGAUUGCAGCGUGUCAUAAAUUUCCCGAAGACCAGUCUGGCUAGAAAGCAGAACGAGCGCACCUAUCUUCUGAAGACCCUCGCCGGGUGUCCGAAGGAUGCGAACAAGAUCGAAAGGCUGCUACAAGUGGCUGUGCUGGACAAGAAUGAGAAUUUCACGGACGCGGACAUCCAUCUGAUCUUCAGUAUGAUGACCGGUAGCGCAACCGGCUACAAAACCCUGUUCAAUUUCUUGCUCGAACACUGGUACACCGUAAAAGAGCAAUUCGGGAACAAGACUUUCCUCUGGGACGGCAUCGUCAAUUUCGCCACGUCGUCGUGGAACACGCAGGAGGGCUACGACAUGGUGAGCAAGUUCUACACGGAUCACCAGGACGAAUUCGAGACGGCGGACGCCAUCAUCAAGAAGGCGCUGAGGAUCAUUAAUCAGGAGACCAAGUGGAACAAUGAUAACGUGCCCGUGAUCGACAGAUGGCUCAUGAAGAAUCUAUCUAAGGAGGACCUGGAGACGAUCGCGGCUUCGAUGUCCGCGCCUAUCCUUUCCACGACCAGCGUACCGACAACGAUCAAAGAUACGGAAAUCCGUUUCCACGGCUGAAUUAAGUAAGUGGACUCGAGUCCGGCGUUACGGUAUUCUCGAUCCGUAAAGAGAGUAAUAAUCUAUAUCUUCUCAGCUGCUCCGAUUUCUUCUUUCUCAGCCAUAAUUAUAGUGGUAUAUCUUCGCUUGCUUGACAAAUAGGUAGAUAGCGUCGUCCAAUAAUUUCGCUCCCUUAUAUCUAAUUUUUAUUAAAAUUGAUGUGGUAAAGUAACAAGUGUAGCGCAACAGUCCUUAUGUCAAAUGUGAUGCAAAAAAUUUUGAAAAAUCGAACGAUUGGAAGACGCGAUAGCGUGAUUAAAAUGCGACAAACGUACAUUCUCUCUCCCCCCUUCCCCUUCUAUAAAUACAAUAAUUUAGAAAUGCCUAUUUCCAAAAAGUAAUGUAUUAUAUAUUUAAAUUUUUAUUUUUGUAAAAUGAAUGAAGAUCGAUAUAUCGCUCGUGAUACAUUUAUUCUACAGACAGGAUAAGAUGUUUUUCUCAGGAAAAAGAAGUAUAUGAAAGAAUCGUUCGUAAUUAAGAGGUAAUUUAGUUAAGAUUUAAUGUAAAGUUUGUGUCGAUGAAUAAAAUUAAUAUUAUAUUAUGCUAGGACUUUAUUAACGUAUAUGUUACAUCUUAUUUAUUCAAUCAGCAUACACAGCUGCAUGUAUUUAAUAUAUAUUAGGAAAAUUAA